CCCGACUACCAACACCGCCGCCGCUACCACCAUCAGCAUUCAGCAGGCACAGUGCGAGCCGGCGGCGGUGGCGGCAUGGGGGCGCCGAGCAGCCGCGCGGUGGCCUUGGGCGCGGCCUUCCUGCUGCUCCUCGUCGCGCUGCCCUCCACCUUCCUCUACCUCACCUCCGCCGCCACCCCCGCCGCCUCCCGCGCCGCGCUCCUCAACCUCAAGCCCUUCUCCGCGCGGUGCCCGCCCGCCGCGGCCCCGCCGCUCCGCGUCUUCAUGUACGACCUGCCCCCGCGCUUCCACGUCGCCAUGAUGGCGGCCGACGGCCCCAACGCCACUGCGGCGGGGCCGUUCCCCGCGUGGCCGCCGUCGGCGGGCGGGAUCAGGCGGCAGCACAGCGUGGAGUACUGGAUGAUGGCGUCGCUGCAGGACGGGGGAGGCGGAGGGGGAGCGGGAUCGGAGAGGAGGGAGGCGGUCAGGGUGCGGGAUCCCGACGCCGCCGAGGCCUUCUUCGUGCCCUUCUUCUCCUCGCUCAGCUUCAACGUGCACGGCCGCAACAUGACCGACCCCGACACCGAGGCCGACCGCCUCCUGCAGGUUGAACUUAUGGACAUUCUAUGGAAGUCUAAAUAUUGGCAACGAUCUGCAGGCCGUGACCACGUGAUUCCCAUGCAUCACCCUAAUGCUUUCAGAUUCCUGCGAAACAUGGUGAAUGCAUCUAUUCUUAUAGUUGCAGACUUUGGGAGAUACACAAAGGAACUGGCUUCCUUGAGGAAAGAUGUUGUGGCACCAUAUGUGCAUGUUGUGGGUUCCUUUAUUGAUGAUGAUCCACCUGAUCCAUUUGAGGCUCGUCAUACACUGCUUUUCUUUCGAGGCCGUACUGUCAGGAAAGAUGUAUGGAACUGAUUUAUGAUAGUAAUAAACUCCCUCUGGGCCCUGGCCUUCCUCUAAUUUGCUA